AUGGGAAACAGAGUCAGUUACAACGAACUAAUCGACAAAACGGUACUUAAGUUGCAGCUACAUACAAGUAUUAACGGUGUUUCGCUCUGAAAAAUAGUUCUCCAAGGCAACGAUAUUUUUCAAGAACAGUCGAAUAGAAUACAAAUGUUGCACAUCAAAUUCAAAAAUUUACGUUGCAUUACAUUACAUUAUUUACACGUACGCUCUGAGCAAGAAGUUUUAGGUGAUCGAAUCAUUCAAUUUUAUAUACGUUUUUAGUAUUGUACUUUGAUUAACAGUUAUUACAUGAUUAUUAGCAUUCGAAACAAUUUUAAGAAUGUGACGCUUUAAGGAAAGAUCGGCCUUAAGUUUUUUCGUAAAUUAUUUGACAAAAUUUUCUGAUAAUUUUACGAGAGUAUAAAACCUCUAAAAACUACAAAUAAUGACGAUAAUAAAUAUUAUCAACGAUGCAAUCUAUGUGUGAUCGAAUCACACUGGACGAUAUUGAACAACAUAAUGCUUAGACAGUUAUUUAUUAAAGUCAAUGAGAGAUAAAGAUAACAAAUGUAUGAUAUCAUGGAUUGCAAAAAUGCAAUGGAAUAAUUAUCCAAGCGUUCUAUAUCAUAUAAGAUAUUAUUCGCAGGACUUGAAAAGCCAAUUAAUGUAAAUCUUUUUUUUAUUAAAAGUCAUUCGCGCAAUGUUCGACCGAUGAGUUUUAGCAACAAAUCCGGAUAUCCGCAGGCCAUAAAUUUCUAACGAGAGGUGACUUACACUGCACUCCAUUUAAUAUUUCCAAUUUUAUAGUACUCGUCUCGAUAGAUGGAUAAGUCUCAGUAUGAUAGAUAAGUACAGACUAAUCGAACAAAGAAAUUUUCAUUAGAAAGUUCUUCAUUCUUUCAGAUGACGAUCGUUCGAUCUUGCACGAACCACCACGCAGGCGACGCGAUUCUACUAGCCGGAGAAUACGAAGAAUUCUUUCAACGAUGCCUGGUCAAUGAUCUGCCAGUCGCGUUGAUCUCUGAAUCGAAAUCGACGGCGUUCGAGAUACUAACUCUCGGGAAACAUUCGUACACGACAUACAAGCAGGUCUCCGUGACGCAGUUAUUUCGCAAGUUGGGCCAGUUCGUCGUGGUCGCGUCCUCGUUGCCGUUGCUCCGGCUGUUGCUGCAGAGGACGAAGGACUCUGGCUGGGACAACUUCCAGGGGCUGCAUAUUCUGAUGGACAGAAAGACCGUGGAACGCGGCUGCGUGAACGCUCGCGCAUUUCUGUGGGCGGCCUGGCAACACGACAGACUGUCCACGAUAUUUCCAUGCGUCGAUCCUGCCGAGGGGAUCGUCCUUUACACCUACAAUCCGUACUCAAGCGCGGCGCCAGCGGUUUGGAGGAACGUUGGCCAGUUCAGAGGGCGCGGCGGACAUCCUUGGACAUUGUUGAGAAUGAAGUAUCAAGGUUCAAGGACAUGCGAGGGCUUGACGUUCGACAAGGCGAAGGAUCUGAACGGCUACGAGGUCAGAAUGAACGCCAUAGCCUUCGAGCCCCAUCUCCGAAUCGAUCCGACCAAGACAGGCUUGCAAAGAUUCUCCGGUGACAACAGCGAAAUUCUGAAGAUAGUGUUCGAGAAGUUGAACGCGAGUGUUCGCGUGCGCGUGUACACCGGCACCGCGUACAAUCUAGGCGGGAUUGAUAGUCACGGGAGCAUGGUGGGAAUGAUGGCUGACUUGGCUACCGGCGAGGUGGAUAUGGGAAUGAACGCGAGAAGCUUGCAUAACACGUGGAAAAUCGAGUACGUGUCUCUCCAGAGGUUAACCCUCUACAAUGCUAUGUGGCUUGGAAUUUAG